UUCUCAAAGAAACUUCAAAAAAUUGAAAUUUCUUUUUAGGCUUUACCUCUUUUAUUUAUUUAUUUAUUAUCAGAAAGCUUCAGAUGCAGAACGGCAGCUCGGAAUUGUCGCUUUGUCCCAGCUUUAACAUCUAUUCCUCCGAUAACAAUAAUCUCGUUGAUAUCGCCGAUACCGUUAGCCGGGAUUUCAAAAACGACGCCGUUUCCGAAGAUGAAGAAUUCGAGUUCGUUAAUACUCUUUCCGAGAAUCCUGAAAUGUCCUCUUCGUCGUUUCCAAUCUUCAACCGCAGGGAUGGUGAUAACGUGGAACAAGCUAUCCGGAUUCCGUUGAGAGAUCUUUUCAUCGGCGACAGAGAUAUUCCGUUUUCAUCGUCGUCGUCUUCGUCGGAGGCGGAUGAGCUUGAAGGAUUGCCAGCUGAUACCUACUGCGUUUGGAAACCGAAACAAUUGCCGGAAUCAUCACCGAACAGUUGUAAGAAGAGUACAUCGGCGGGAUCAUCAUCUUCUUCGAAACGGUGGCGUUUCAUAAAGGAUUUGCUUAAGAGAAGUAACAGCACAGGCAACGUCUCGUCUUCUUCGUCAUUUUCGUUUUUGAAUUUAGAUAAAAACGAGGAAAAAGUAAAUGAAAAAACAGCAAAGGCGACGACGAAGGUGAAGAGAGAUGAGAAAUCGCUGGCGGCUAAAAGUUUCUACGUCGGCAAUAAGGUGUUGAAGGAAGGAGAUAAACGACGGUCGUAUCUGCCGUACAGGCAGGACUUGGUUGGAAUUUUUGCUAAUAUUAAGGUUUAAGUAGAAAUUCCACUUCUUCUUAAGAAAAAUAAGAUCAUAUCUGUAAAAAAAAAAAGGAGAAGAAAAAGUCAGAUUAUUCGAAUGUAAAUAUUAUAUUAACUUUUAUUUUUGGAUUUAGAGAAGAAUAAAAUGAAUAAUUAUAUAUAAA